AUGGAGACAGCAAGGAAUACUUUAAUAGAUGUCGCAAGGUCACGACUACAAGAACAGAGAAGACAGACAGCUAUUAUGGAGCAAAUGCUCAAUACAUUAAAUAGUAUAGCUGAAUCAAUUAACAGCUCCACGCCGUCGUUUAACUGCACCACGACGACGCUUACUCCGGCGCUCACUUCCUUCACAACGGCAGUCUCAACUGAGAAGUCUUACAGAGAGAUUUGUCGCCAUAGAAGAGCGCCGAGUAGAGACGGAAAGGAUCUUGGCAGAGAACUAGCGAGCCUUAGUUCAAGCCUUACAACAAAUGAGUGA